UUGUAUAAAGGGGGAAACUGAGGCACAGGCUGCACGAGUGACUUGCUGAUGGCUGCAAGGAGUCAUUGGCAGAGGCAUGGAUGGGGCCCAGAAGCCCUGUGCUCUGAGCACUACUCCCAUGUAGUCUUGAUCCAGUGCCUACGUGCUAAUGGUGCCUCAGGCUUUCUGUUGUGGUGCACCUGCUGCAAAAAGGCACUGCCAUCACUGCUGGGAGUGCCUGCGGGGAGUCUGCCACCCACCUCACCACUGACACCGCUGGCAGCGACUGUUGGCGGUCCACAAUUGCCAUUGGCCACAACCGCGGCUGGCAGCAUCUGCAGGCGGUUGCCGACCGGUGGUCAGUGCUUGCCUGCCCUCUCCUCCCCCAUUCCUGACAGCACCACAGCUACCUGAGGGUGCUUGCCAUGCCUCCUCAGCCUCCGGGGGCACGCAACGUUCAUGGGUAAAGCCCUGGGACACGGCCCAGUGCUUUUAAGUGGUAGAUGUGUUUGUAUAUCUGCAGAGAGGUGGCUCAUGGGGUUGUUGAGCUGUGGAUGUUGGAUACAUGUAAACACAAGCAAACACACACAGUAAGGAGCCCUCACUCCGGGAGUCUGUAUGCACAUGCAAAGGUGUCCUGGGAAACAGAUGCAUUUCUCUGUGCACUGCAGAAGGGUCUCUGUGUGCAGGAUUGUGCUUCCUGGUCACAUUCAUUGAUUGACAAGCACAUAAUAAGUGUCUCACGUGUCCCUGCAGUGGGCUGAGGCAGGGUAGCUGGCAUGUCUGUGGGGAUGUGUCCUGUGGGGUGCUUGCUGCUGCCUGCGCUGACUCCUGCUUUGUUCCCUUCUGUGUCUCAUUGAACCUCCAGCUGUGGAUGGAAAAGGAGCAGCAAAUCGAGCACUAUUUCCAGGAGCGGGAGCGGGAGCGGGAAUGGGCGGAAGAGGAGGAGCGACUUCAAAGACAGAGACUGAGGCUCAGCUCCUGGAGCUCCAGGUCCCAGACAGCCGGCACAACAAGCCCAUCCCGCUCACACCUCCGGGAAGCCUGAGGACCACUCCCGCCGGGUCAAGGAACAGCACCCCCCUGCAAAACUGGACAAGGGCGAUGGGCAGAGGUUUGGCACCUGGCAGCAGCAACCAGGAUGUCAAUAGGCUCAGUGAGUGCUUAAGCAUCCAAAGCUCCCGGGGAUUUCUGCCAAUCAAGAAAUGGGACCAACGGAGCCAGCAACUGGCAGAAAUGGAAAAUGCCCUUGUCCAGCUGCAUGGGUUGAAGAAGGUGGGGGUGCUGCGGAGAAAGCUGUGGAUGGAAAAGGAGCAGCAAGUCGAGCACUAUUUCCAGGAGCGGGAGCACGAAUGGGCAGAAGAGGAGGAGCGACUUCAAAGACAGAGACUGAGGCUCAGGGACAGGAGUCAGAGGGACCCACAGUCCCGGCCCAGACCUUCCCAAUUCCCGAAAUCAAGAUUCCCUCCCCUUUAGUUUCACUCUGUAGCUUAAUAAAUAAUUAGAAAUUUAGUCAGGCUCAGGAUGUCCUUGCUGACCACGGUUGGCACCACAUGGCAAUGAGGAAACAUGGGUGGAAAAUGAUAUAUGUGAUGUUGUGGGGCAGGGGGAAAGGAGGAGAUACUGCAGCCUGUGGAGGUCCCAGUACACCAUGGAGGACAGGCUGAUUCAAACCUGUUUGUGUUCAGUGAUAAAAACAGUAUGGUCACAGUGCAGCAUUUUUGCAGGGUUUUCUACAUAGAGGACCCUCAAAAAGGCUCACUUUGGUGGGGAUGGCUUACCCCAGAGAUCGGUAAUUCUCUGGAGCGUGCCAGGGCAUGGCAU